AUGGCUACUAGACUACAUCUUUAUUUCAAAUGUUUAUGGAUCCUGGUCCUGAUUUCAACAUUGGGAUUUGCCUCUAGCGUGGUUACCGAUGAACUUGAAGAAGAACAAGGGGCUAGUUUUCCAAAGCCUUUAACAUCAGCGAAUUUUAAGGAAACUAUCUCAUCCAAUUUACAUUUAGUUGAAUUCUAUAGUCCUUAUUGUGCUCACUGUCGGCGAUUUGAACCUAUAUGGAAGAAGACAUGGGAAGAAUUUCACGAAACGGGUGAGAAGCUGGGUAUUUACAUGUCUCAGGUUAAUUGUAUACAAAGCGGAGAUCUAUGUAAUGAAGAAAGUAUUACCGCAUAUCCCGAAUUACGGCUGUAUGGUCCAUCUGGUUUCCUUGCGCCGUAUACCAACGCCCGGACUACUGAAGACCUUAUUAAGUUCAUGCGUGAAGAGGCCAAAAAUGAAGAGCAGGCCAAAAAGGAAGAAACCUCUGAAAAGAAGACAGAGGUAAAACCUUUGCAGUAUGAAGAUGGUGAUUUGAUCAGAUACGUUGAAGGUGCGGGUGGUGACCCAAUGCUGCUUGUAUUAUGGCCAUUUUUGAGGGAUGCAGACCUUAAGGAUCAAAAAUUUAUCCAAAACUGUGAUGAGUGCCUCACAUUUCAUAGGGCUUGGAAAACCAUAUCUUCGGCUUUAUCUACUGAUAUAGUAGUUGCUCAAGCUACGUGCGGGCAAAAUAAAGAUAUCUGUCUAAAGUUAGGUCUGGAAGAAUUAACUGAAAUUUCGAAGCAGAGGUCGAAUAGAGAACCAACUUUAGCCGUUAUACUUCCCAGAAAAAAAAAUAACGCUAUAUUUUACAAAGGAAAUAAGUACUCUGCAUCUGAUGUGAUAGAUUUUGCUAAGAAAGUUGUCAAUAAUUAUAACAUGCCCAAAAUUACCAAGGAUGAAAUAGCUGAAAUCAUUGCAAAGCCAAUAGAGCUUAAUAAAUUUAAAUACCCUGGGAAUGAGGAGACUUACAUCAUAUUCAACUAUGAUUCAGAAAGUUCACUUAUUAAAAGUGCGUCCCUUGUGCAAGAUAUUAUUCAGCCUUUGAGCAACUAUCGGAAUAUGGUCGUUUUCAAAAGUGACGACGACCUUGUCUCCUUAAUUAAGGAGAAUUAUUUCAAAAUGAUUAAUCAAGUAAAUGUUCCAGGACAUUCUGAAUACUUGACUGCAAUUACAUCAACGCCUUAUCCCAAAGUGUUUAUGUUUAAAGAAGGCAGUUUGGUCCCAAUUGUAUACCAUGGCUAUGUUCCUAAGGAUAUGGAUCCAAUGAAAACGUUCAUGGAAUGGGUAGAUCAAAAUUCUCUUCAAUUAGUAAGCGAAAUCUCAAGUAGGAAUUUCAAAGAUUUGAUGUACUAUCAUAAUGAGUUUUACGAGAAACUUGUAAUCCAGGUAAUUGAUACUGGUGAUGAUCAUAGUAAAAAAUCUGCAGAAAACUAUUUGAACAAUUUGAUAUUGACAGCUUAUAAUUAUGAAGCUGUGAGGUAUAGAAAUAUCUAUUCUAACAUUGUCCAGAAAAAUUUGGUAAAUGAAGGAAAGCAAGGAUCCGCCAAUGCAUAUAGUGAUGUUAUGCAAUCUAUGAUCGAAAAUGGUAUCUACAAAGAUGAUCAUAAAAUUCUAUAUGCCUAUAUCGACAUUAGCCGUCACGAUUCACUAUUGAACAAACUUGGUUUUAAAGUUCAGGGCAGGGACCUUCAGAAUGGUGACGUUUUAAUUGUUGAUAAAAAAACUGGUAGAUAUUACUAUGAACAUGAUAUUGCUGGGGAAUAUUUAACUAGUAGAGCUCCUAAUGCAUUAAAGGAUACGUUAGUAGCACUAGUGUUCCCACAUGAGCAUCCAGGAGUGCAAAUUAAAUCCAACCUGAUAAAUUCGCCAUUUGGCAGAAGUUUGCGUUUUUUGGACAGCUACGAGAAAUGGUUCGUUUUGUUUUCAGUGGUGUUGUCUUUGCUUACAGUUCGUAAAAUUUAUAGAAAUUAUAGGGUGCAUAAGAAGUACGCUGCAAAACGUGAUGUGGUAGGCAUCCUGGGAAAAGGUAAAAAACUAAAGGAAUAA